AAUAUGACCCAGCGUUCCGUGCAUUGGUUCCGCAAAGGACUUCGACUCCAUGACAAUCCAGCAUUGAAUGCCGCCUGCGAAAAUGCGUCUCAUGUGUGGCCUGUGUUUGUUUUGGAUCCGUGGUUUGCCAGGUUUGCCAAAGUGGGAGUGAAUCGCUGGAGAUUUCUGCUUCAGAGUCUGGUAGACUUGAAUAAUCAGUUGAAAGUGCACAACUCGAGGCUCUAUGUAGUGAAAGGAAGUCCAAAAGAGGUGUUUCCCCGAAUCUUUAAGAAGUGGGGUAUAACGAGACUUACAUUUGAAGUUGAUACUGAGCCAUACGCCCGCCAACGUGACAUGGAUGUAGAGAAAAUAGCAAGAGAAUUCCAUGUUGAGGUUGUGAAAUGUGUGUCACACACUUUGUAUGACACAGAAAGGAUAAUAGCUAAAAAUGGUGGAAGUCCACCAUUGACAUACCAGCGUUUUCAGACUGUUCUGUCACAGCUCGGCCCUCCACCUAAGGCUGUGAGUUUAAACAAGGAACAGCUUGCAAAAUGCAGAUCCCCAGACGGUACUGAUGAUGAGGAAGGCUAUGACGUUCCUUCAUUAGAAGACCUUGGGAAGCGAGAGGAGGAUUGUGGGCCAUGUCUUUACCCCGGUGGUGAAACAGAGGCUCUUCGAAGAAUAGAUUACAUUUUGAAGAAACCAGCUCGGGUGUGCGCAUUUGAGAAACCCGAGACAGAUCCUAACAGCUUGGAGCCCAGCACUUCUGUCCUGAGCCCAUACCUGAAGUUCGGUUGUUUGUCACCUAGACUGUUUUACAAUCGGUUGGCUGAAAUUUACAAGUGCAAGAAUCACUCUCAGUCACCAGUGUCCCAUGGCGAGUUGCUAUGGCGAGAGUUCUUCUACACAGUCGCUGCGGGAACACCAAACUUCAACAAGAUGGUUGGCAACCCAGUCUGUAUCCAGGUAGACUGGGAUACCAAUGAUGAGCUUUUGACCGCAUGGAAAACAGGUCGCACUGGCUACCCAUUCAUUGAUGCAAUCAUGACGCAGCUAAAGGACGAGGGCUGGAUCCACCACCUGGAUCGCCAUGCCGUAGCGUGGUUCCUCACCCGCGGUGACCUCUGGAUAAGCUGGGAGGAGGGGCAGAAAGUGUUUGAGGAGUAUCUGCUAGAUGCAGAUUAUAGCCUGAAUGCCGCCAACUGGCUGUUAGCGUCAGGAAGUGCCCUCUUCCAACAAAACUCCAGCGUGUACAAUCCUGUUGAUUUCGGGAAGAGCACUGAUAAGCAAGGGGACUUCAUUAGGAAGUAUGUCCCGAUUCUAAAGGAGUUCCCAGAAAAGUACAUCUAUGAGCCAUGGACUGCCCCUAUCGAUGUGCAGGAAAAAUUCGGAUGCAUCAUAGGUGAAGAUUAUCCUAAACCUAUUGUUGAUCAUGAAGCAGCAAGAAAGAAAAAUAUCGAGCGCAUGGCUGCAGCUUACGCGAGGAGAAAUGGCUCCAAAGAUGCAGGUAGAUGA